GCGCUAGUGCAUUUAUUUGCGUUUUCUCACGGUUCCGUUGCAGUCCAGUACAAUUAUAACAAAUAAAAAAGGAAUUAUUGGCCGUGUUCGUUUACAUGAAUGCACUUUACACCCACAUGCCACACUCCCACACGUGACCAAAAACACGAAAACACACACACCCAACCCCACACACAAACAAAAAAACAAAAACAAACACAGAGUACGGGGAACAACAAGAGAAUGUCAGAAGAUGCGCAUGCGCGGCCGCAGAUUGCUUCCAAUUGUUUUGUCGCUACUCAUCAUCGUUCUGCUGUGCUUCAGCUACAUUUCGAACCAUCUGCGCGACUCCUCAUCCUCCGUGCCCGCCGCCAGCGAUGAAUUCCUGCUCCAGCUGCCCGACGACACCACAUCGGCGCCCAGGCUGCGGCCCCCAGCCGGACCUCUGUUGAACCUCACCGACUUUGAUUAUCUGCUGGCCAGCGAUGUUUGUCGCCGUGCUGACAAAGAGCUUCUGGCUGUGCUAAUUGUCACCUCCUAUGCAGGCCACGACUCCCUGCGCGCCGCUCACCGUCAGGCCAUAGCACAGAGCAAGCUGGCCGAGAUGGGGUUGCAGCGGGUGUUCCUGCUGGCUGCCCUGCCGCCCAGCGAGCGUUUCCUAACCCAGGCGCAGGUGAUCAGUGAGCAGGCCCGCUUUGGGGACCUGCUGCAGGGGAACUUCGUUGAGGACUACCGCAAUCUAAGCUACAAGCAUGUAAUGGGGCUGCGCUGGGCGGCUGGCGAGUGCGAGGGACGCACCAAGUUUAUCAUUAAGCUGGACGACGACAUAAUCUACGAUGUAUUUCACCUGCGCCGCUACCUAGAGUCUUUGGAGGUGGGCCAGCCUACGCUGGCCACCUCGAGCACGCUGCUGGCCGGCUAUGUGCUGGACGCAAAGCCGCCCAUUCGCCUGCAGGCCAACAAGUGGUACGUGACGCGACAGGAGUACCCGCACGCCCUCUACCCGGCCUACCUCUCCGGCUGGCUCUACAUCACCAACGUGGCGACCGCCACCCGGCUCGUGGCGGAGGCGCAGCGGGUGCCCAUCUUCUGGAUCGACGACACGUGGGUGACGGGGGUGGUGCGUGCGCGAUUGGGCAUUCCUCUGGAGCGCCAUAACGACUGGUAUUCGGCCAAUUCGGAGUUCCUCGACUGCUGUGUGCGUGAUCUGAAGCAGCACAAUUUCGAGUGCGAGUACUCCGUGGGGCCCAACGGAGGCAAUGAUAAGCUGCUCGUCGAGUUCCUGCACCACGUGGAGAAGUGCUACUUCGACGAGUGCACCAAGAGGCCAGCGGGCAAGUCUCUCAGGGAUACCUGCGUGGCGGCGGCCACGUCCCGUGUGCCCCAACACGGACUGGCCCAAGUGAAGCCUCUCAAGCUGAGAUGACCUCCGUCCGGUCCACUGGCAACCCAGCAGCUUAAUUUAGACCACCGACACCCAACCAUCCGAUUGUAUCGAAUGUAUCCUGGUGUCCGGGAUAUCCUCUCAUGGUACUCGAUGUAGUUUUUAUUUAUGUUAAGGAUCGCAAUAUCAUCCAUGUACCUCCAGUCUUUUAGUUUAUUUAGGAUUCUUCCGAGUGGAAAUUCCAUCUCCCCAGCCAGCGAGCUGCGCCUUCUCGUCUCAAUUGACGAGCGGAUCAAGCAUUCCCCAUGUCUCUUGUAAGUGAGUUGGAGAGGCAGCCAACAUGCUGGCACCAUGAUUAAUUCCGCUGAUCCCCAUAGAUUAUAACCAGCUCACACCAAGCUCACGUCGAAUAUCUACUGCCCAAAAAGAAGACGAGCUUGCCGCUAACCGGGAGUUCCGAAGCACUAUCCAUUCCAUAGUGGGUUUUGGAACAUCCACUAUCCUUAUAUUUAUGACGUACCAACCCACUAAAUAUAUUUAUGCACUGUCCGUCCCGAACCUAGACUUUAAAUUUUUGCAAACCCGAUAAAAUCAUGACAAUAAAAAUGUUGCCCGUUUAUACGGAAUAUGGUGACUAUUCUUGUAAU